GAUGAGGGCUGGUGUCCAGUGGGUGUGCUGGAGUCUACUCUUGAUGUUGGUCAUGGGGUGCUGUGGCCACUUCCAGGAUAUCCAUAAACGGAUGACAGAGGAAGAGCUGGACCACCUGUUCGGGUGCCGACCGGAAGAGGAAGUACCAGACUAUGAGAUAGUCCCCUUGCCAUCGAACAACCCCCGCUUACAGCACUUCAACUUCACAGUGUUCGGCAAGCCAAUAAGCCUAGAUUUGAAGCCUAAUGAGCUAUUGGUAUCUCGACUUCAAGUGAUUGUGACUGAUGAGGGGAGUUCCAUGCAACUUGGUACACCUGUUACCAACUGUCACUACAUCUCCAGUGCUGACAACAUUGCUGCUGCCUUCAGCUCCUGCAACCCGCAUGGAUUGAAUGGAUGGAUAUUCCUGGAGGAUGAUACUCUAGAAGUGCGCCCACUCACACCUAGAUUACACUCACUUCUUAAUCAUCGUCCUGAGAGUCCUCUAAUACCUUAUCUGGUCAAGCGAACACCUCUCAUCAACAUGCACUUCUCUGAUGAACUGUAUUUACCUGAGGAUGUUGUAAUGGAAGAAACUGAGGACGAUUCAAUGGACAAUGGAAAUGUAUCAGGAUUUAUGCUUGACCGUUCUACAAGAUCUGGUAAGAAGCCCGUCGUGGAGGUGGCGCUCUUUUUUGACGAAGCAGGCUACAAGAUAUUUUCUCCCUACUUGCAGAACGACGAAAAACAAUUAAGGGACAUGCUGCUAGCAUAUCUUAAUGGGGUGCAAGCUCUAUACCACCAUCCCAGUGUUGGUCAACCUGUGGACAUAGCUCUGGUGCGUCUGGAGAUAUUCAAGAGCCAGCCCCAAGACCUACCUCACUACGGUGGGGAGAGGAGUGGAUUGCUGGACUCCUUCUGUGCCUAUAAUGCCAAGCACAAUCCGCCAGGCGAUCAGAAUCCGGAACACUGGGACAUGGGUCUGUAUGUUUCUGGUCUUGAUUUCUACGCAAUCGAAGGAGGUCGGAGAAGUGAUGUCACAAUGGGGUUAGCCACAGUGGGAGGAGUUUGCAUGGACAAGUACUCCUGUGUCAUUGCAGAACUAGGUACCACCAACAGCCUGGGCAAACCUUACCCUUCUGCAGGGUUCACCUCAGUCUACAUUCUUGCUCACGAGAUGGGCCACAACCUUGGUAUGCACCAUGAUAGCUCGUCCAACAUGUGUCCGAGCGAGGGUUACAUCAUGUCACCAUCUCGAGGUACCAACGGAGAGGAAACUCUCUGGUCAUCUUGCAGUGCUCAGGUCAUGCAAAAACUUAGUGAGAAGAAAUGUCUGGAAGACAGUCCAGGAACAGUAACAGCUGAGAGAAAUCAUGGAAAGAUGCACGACCACCCAGGCCAGCUGUGGGGAGCCAAGCGUCAAUGUGAGGUGCUGCUGAGGGAUAAGGAUGCAGAACUGCAGGACUCUUCCAGAACAGAGACAAUGUGCCAGAAUUUGCAGUGCAAGACGCCCCACAGAGCUGGAUUUUACUUUGCGGGCCCUGCCUUGGAGGGAACUGCAUGCGCUCCUGGUAAGUGGUGUCAAGGUGGCCAAUGUGUGGUAAUGGAGAAACCUAAAUCAGAGAAGAUUGUGAAAGGUGGCUGGAGCAAGUGGUCUAUAGAGGAAUGUGCAUCUGGCUGUAUUGCAAAGUCCAAAGGCUACCAGACAAAACACAGAAGAUGCGACAAUCCUGUCCCUGUUAACACAGAAGAGGGCUGUGAGGGCCCCAGCUUUGAUGUUGUGCUCUGCAAGGAUGAAAAGUUAUGCAAGAAAAAGAAGAGGAUCAAUCCUGCUGAUUAUGCUAGAAAGAAAUGUACAGAAUUCAGCAAAACAUUGCCAAUUUUGGAUCCUAAAGGUUCGGGCUUGCAGGCUCCCCAUGAAGAAGGGAGGUUAUGGGUGGCCUGCUCUAUAUUCUGUCGUCGGAAGGACAAUGGUUCUUAUUACUCACCGAGACUUGACCUCAAUGACCUUGGUGAUGACCCUUACUUCCCGGAUGGUACCUGGUGUCACCACAAUGGCAAACACAACUACUACUGCAUGAACCACCACUGCCGCCCAGAGAAUUUCCGAGGAGCCAAGAGUUUGAUGGAUGUGACAGAUGACCUACCAGUGGCCCAGAAUGCGUCCCCACACCCACUCCCCCUGCCUGACUUGUUGCUACGAUACCUCAGUCUGAAUUCUGAGGGCAAACCUCUCCUGACUACCAUCAGUCCAGAGGUCACUCACUCUGGGAGUUUGGAUGACGGAUGGGCUAAUAAGGAUUAUCUGGAUCUGCCUCAACCCAUGUAGUUCACACAGUCAUAACAAGAGAGUUAUGUAAUGGAGUUUUGUACAUUUUAUAGAAAAUACACCCAAUUAAAGGAA